CUUUUGUCUACAAGGGGAACGAGGCUCUGUCUGGUGGCAAUUCAGCGUCUUUGUGUAUCAAAAUAGUGGAUCUGACCUUAGUAUAAUUUUUAUUUAUCGAUCAUGGAUGCUCAACUUUACAACCGCCUCCGUGAUGAGGAAUACAGAAACUGGUUAAAAACCCAACAGUGUCUUUCGGUACUGAGGAGCAGAAUCCGAAACUUCGUUGACAAAGAGACCGGCACUUUUCACCGCACUCUUCUUAAUAACCCUGCUCUUACUGAACGUAACUGUAAUGAUGAAGUCUGCUACACUAGGACAAAGAAGGAUAGUCUUUGCAAAUCAUGCAUUGAAGGAUGGAGGCGCGAAAUCUUGACCUACCAUACAGCACAGAAAACAUACUCAAAAGGCUUUGACGCAUGUCAGUGGCCGACAAAUAAGUGGGAAGUCGCCAAGGUAUUUAUGCCAAGUGGCCACAAAAACCAUUCCAAGUUGGACCAGUUUGAUGUUUCUGCCAUUCUUAACUUGAUGAGAUUCUGUAAACAUUUCAGCAGCUUUAUCCCAUGUCAAUUUCUGGAGAAUGUGGUACAGGUGCGGAACGCUCUGAUGCACUCCCCUGACUUCAAACUGACCACAGAGGAAAUGAACAUGCAUGUGGAAAAGGUCAUGACGUUGGUCAAAACGCUGCAAACUCAUGUACCAGAACUGAAUGGUUUUGAAGAGGAAAUGAAACAGUUAAACAACAACUUGGAUGAGAUUUUCAGUCAAACCUCUCAGAGUGCAGAUGACAAGAAGGAAGACAUCAAGAACUGUGAGAUUGAAGCUGUGAAGGAGAUGAUUGGAGCCCUUCUUUUGUGCUUUGAGGAGAACCUAGAUGAAGGCAAUGAAGAAGAAAAACUACAGCCUGUGAAGAAAGUCCUGGACUUCCUGAAGCGAAACAAAGAUCUCCAGGAGAACUUGAGCCCUCAGGUCAAAGAGAUGCAGGAUAAAGUAGAUCAGCAUGAACAGCAGAUCAGCGUCCUGGAAAAGAGGGUGGACAAACUGGAGAAGACGCAAGUGCCAGUGUCAGAAGCCGUUCCUGUUGAGAGUGAAGCAUCAUCUGGUGCAGCAACUCAGUCUGCUCAGACUCCAGCAGUUACAAUGACUAUAAAGGCUUCCAAAGGAGGAACCGUUAAAGCCCCUGUUAUUAGUGGAGGUGUUUAUAAUGGCCCAGUAACAUUCAACUGAUACUCAGGGUACAAAUUCUAUCCGUCCGUCCGUCCGUCCAUCCAUCUAGCCAGCCAGCAAUAUCAAAUGUCAUGUUUUUAUGUAUUAUCAAAGUAAAAAAAGUUUUUUUGUAUGUGUUCUCAUAAUUUUCUUUACUGUGUUUUUUGGAAUAAAGAUUCAUGACACAACAUUCUAUA